ACCCAUAGAGACAAACGUAUGUGCUUUCUACGGCAGAAUAAUUUUCAGGAGACACAGCUCUAAGGUGUACCGUAGAUUUUUUGACGAUGUUUUACAAGUAAUGGUAAGUCCACUGAAAGCCAUUUCGUUGCAUGUCUUGCACCACCGGCUUCGCCGUAUCUGUACGAGCGCCUACCGUGACAUCACGGUCGCUUCCUGCUUUAUAUCUUCCUGAAGUAGACGCUGGUAGCUACGGAAAGCCAUGGAUUAGGGUCUCUGUUUAUGUUCGUUCGAAUUUGAUUAAGGUAGGCUUAUUUCCAGGAGACUAAAUAUACGUGAACGACAGAAAUAUAAAAUCGGAGAUGAAUGGAGAAUGAUGCCAGGGGGAGUGCAGUUUGACACAUUGGUUGGCUCUGUCACUAUGUACCAGCCCUGAACCUGAUGCACAUUCUCACCACAUCUGUUGCCAUGGAUGCAGAGGACUACCUGCUCCCAGAAGGCUCUCUGGACAGCCCUGAAUAUGGCGCACCCAGCUCUCCUCUGGCGUCCUCCAUGGAGAGUCAGAUCUUUCCCUCAAACUCUUGGGGAUUGUCCCAGCAGACUGCCUACAGUCAGCAGUUCCCUAUGCAAUCUGAGAGGCAGUACAAUACAUCCUCUUCGUCUGUGACGCCAAUGGACGUGUUCAACUCAACACCCUUCCAUGAUGAUGACUUCACAGACCUGACCAGGAAUGACUUUCCUCAGGAACUCAUUGAUGAACUCUCUAACAACUCCCUGUUCUCCUCUCCUCGAGACUCGCUGUCAGACUAUGGCGCAGACAGCGUGGCACACACCUCCACCGCCAUGGUGCCCUGGGGAAACAUCAACUCAUCUGGCCUCAGUCAGAGAGAGAGCCUGAGCAGAACUCUUGACAUGAGUGGUCUGGAUGACCCGUCAGCCAUCACCAACACCCCACCACUUGGAGGAUACCAGCCGGCUGCUCAAGCUCCACCACCUCCAGAGGAAGAAGAGGAGGCAGAUGAAGAAGAAACAGAUGAGCUGGGUCACGUGGACACAUACGCUGAAUACAAACCAUCCAAAUGUAAGGUUUACUCUUUACAUUUUCAACCAACCCUUUUAAUUCAAAUUUUGAACAUUUGAACUGGACAUCCCUAGUGCGAAUGCUUGAACAAACAGGAAAUCUUGUUGUAAAAUAAAUGAAUUUGGUAGAGGACGAUGGAUUAACUACCAAUUGGCAUAGUUUAAAAUAUGACGAAGGUAAUGGAGAUGGGUUUAUUCGCAUCAAAUCUCUUUUGAGUUGCCCUGAUAAGUUUUGAGCCCCCAGCUGUUCACGACUCCUCCCUUGAUAAAGAAGAUGUCCAUUUUUUAUUUUCAUAACACAACUGAUCUCCUCAAUCUGAAUUUUCACGAAUGUGCUUCAAAUGUGUAAAUGAGCUGGAUGGAAACCCAGCUACAUAUACAAUUGUAAGUAGUCUCUUCUACAGAAAACAACAGAUGGAUGUAUCAAUUUAAUUUGGGAGUUUGUUUUGGAGUAAGAGAAGAGAUGGAAAGUUGUGGAAUAAGCAGGUCCUGGACAAAUGAGUGGUCAUUGAGUGUCAAUCUGUCACAAUUGGAAUCAAACCAAUUAUAAAUAGGCCCCAUCAUUGUAAGUUUCAUGUUCAUUUUUUUGCCAGACCCAAUGCAUUAUAUAUGGUAUCGGCUCCUGAGCCUGUAACAGUAGGUGUAGGGACAAUGAUUUUCCGCGAUUACGGAAAACGGACGGAAUUCGCGGAAUGUACACUUUCAAACGGAAUUGCAACUUUCA